AUGCAGUUUUUGAAACGUCAUUAUCGCACUCGGAUUCAUGGCCAUGGACUUGUAGCUUUGCAGUGGGAAGCUGGAGCUGAAACGGAAGAACGUGUCCAUUGUGUUGUUUUGGCAGAGAGAAAUGUUUUGAAGAAGACGUUGGAUCGAAAUCCACGGUUAUUUACAUAUCCACAUAGUUUAAACAUUGAAGUGACGUACGAAGAACCUCAGCAACUACCUAAUUCCGAUCAGCUGCGCUACCUUCCAGCCAAAACAAUUACCACUCGGGACCUUCAGUCUGUGACACCCAUCCAGCAGACUGUGAUGCAAGUUCAGGCUUUACCAACAAAGAAGCCUAACCGUGGAAAACGUACGCUUGAUAACGCAAAAGCGAUACCAUCAGCGUAUCGGUAUUCAUCUUUGGCCGAGUUAGUAUCCGGAUAUGCUGACAUUUACGGCGUCGUUGUUAACGCAACGCUGCCAAAGAAAACGAGUGGGCGUGACUUUGUCAUGACUGUAAGUGUGACGGAUGAGAGUUGCUCGACACGCGCUGAAGCAAUCUCGAUUAAUGUUUUCUACCCUACAAUUGCUCAAAUGCCUAAGAUCAAGUACGCUGGAGACAUUAUCCGUUUUCAUAAAGUCAAAAUCCAAGAGUAUCAAGGAAACAUUCAGGGCCUCGGUUUACCACGUGUCACACGGCAUCUUGUUCUUAGGGAACGCGAUGAUGGAAAACUCGAGCAGCUAACAUGUUCUGAAUCAUGGACUUUUGAACCAUCUGACGAAGAGCGUACUCGCCAGCUUCAGAGGUGGGCUAAGCAGAGUUUGGCCAUGGAUACAACUCUGUCUCAAGGAUGCCCAGAGACACCGAAGCUGCUAACCGAAUUGAAGGCUGCAAAAGGCUUCAUUGACCUCGUAGUGCGCGUCCUGCAUCUGGACGACAGCAACGAACCAACUCGACUCAUUGUUUGGGACGGUUCAGGAAACGAGGCUGAGUCAGAUCGGACUCUCGUGUGUGCAUUACAAGACAAAGGCUUUGUUGUGCCAGCAAAUGGUAUCCUAAAGGAAGUGAUCAUAUCGUCCUGCUGGUCUGUUCUGCGUGAUAUGAGAUUCGUUGACGGAAUGCUCACACACUGGUGUCGCUUCCGCAAUCUAGCAGUGGGAAAAAAUGAGCCCGGGGCUAGUUGUGCUCUAGAAAGAAACGAGAUUCUUCGGUUUCGGGAGGUGACAUCGCUUUUGCUAAUGCCUGAAUUCGUUCCUGAAGUGCAACACCGUCUCUUGUUAACGAACAAGGUUAACUCCGACACUGCUGUGAAGAAAGACCAACCUCGUUUGCUUGCCAUAGCUGAGCCACGUUUUCUCAAUCAAAGUCAAAGGUCCGACUGGGAGAGUUCCGUCAAGGUUACUACCGUCAUCCCUUCGUAUAUCGCAAACAACAUUCCGGUGACUCCAAUGCGAGAGAUCAUCGGCAACCCACAAACUCCUCAUAAGUUCCAUUGCUGUGCUCGUGUCCGCAGCAUGUGGCCAUCUGACGUUGAAAGGGUCUGCAAGCCCAAGCCUGGAAAUAGUGGCGAGUUCGUUUAUGCCUUCGCUUUAACAGUCGAAGACGGUGAUGAUUCUCUGAACCUAAUUGUGUAUGGCAAAGAUGCGGAACACUUUCUUCACGGUAUUCCCCCAUGUGAUCUCAGCAAAAGCACCAACUCCAAGGAAUUAUUAAAGUACUAUCUCGCUGCGCUACUGGACGCUCCCAACACCUUCCAUUGGUGCAUCAAGUCCUAUACAGUGUCGUUGCCAUCAGCUACUGGACAUUCUGAUGGUCAAGUAACCGCGGUUCGAUACCGCUUGUUCGACACAAUGCUUCAACUCUUGUAG